AUGAGCUCUGGUGGUACCAUUGGUACCGAAGAUAUACCAUCGUCACAUCUAGAAGCACAGGCCACAACAAGUGGUACCGAAAAUGGUGGGAAUGUUUCAGCUGGCGAUUCUUCUGUUUCCAGACGAUCCUUUGCACAUUCAGUGGCCUCAUCGGGCGAUGCUCAUUCGGCCUUGUCACAUUCGUUUGAAUGGCCCGAAAUAGACGGAAUCUCGGCAGGACGAGCGGCCGCCCUGGGGGCUCUCUGUCGAAUUAUUUGCUCGAAGACAAGCAAAGAGAGCAUAUCAGAUUCGCAUCUGGCACAAUUUUAUAAAGUUUUGUAUGAAGCACUGCUUGAGAAAGAUCGUCUGAUGCUAUGCGCAUUGAUCUUCUAUGGAAAUGGCAUCUUUCGCCUGGCUCUUAAAGGUGUUGAAAUACUUCUGCCACAGCUUCAUCCAUCAAUCGAUGAAGUACAGAUGCGUCGUUCUUGUCUCCAUGCCUUAUCAACCGUUAUCAGUUGGCCCACAACAUUUGGCGAUGUGCCAAUUGGAGGUUAG